CGCCGGGCGGGCGCGCAGGCCCGCGGGGCCGUUGCUCCCGCUCGUGCUGCUGCCCCUCCCGCCUGUACCGGCCGCUCGGCCGCGGCUGCAGCCCAGUGCCAGUGCCGGCUCUUCUGCGCUCUCUGGGCCGAGCGCGGGGUGCAGGGAGCAUCGAGGACUCAGUCUGCCUGCCUGGAGGGCAGAUUGACCCGCAGGAGCCCGCCCGCUCUGCUGCCAGCAGGGGUGGGUUCUUUGCGAAGUCGUGCUCCAGACUUGAAACGUCUAGUCGGAAGCCCGCGCUUCUGCGCGGUGGGACUUAAGAGAGAAACACAGCACUUUCUUUACAAGGUCUCCAUCAGGCCAGCAUGGUUUCUCACACUUGGGGUAGGCUUGUUUUAGGAAAAGAUUAUGCCCGAGUUAUCCAGGCAUGUAUGAAUCUACUUCCCAGAAAUAUCUAAUUUGAUACUCCAGUUUCCAUGAAAAGACAACGUUGCAAACAGCCCUUUACUGAGGAUGAUUGCAGUACUCGCGGAGUGAUUGUAUGAUACAGGAGCAUUGCCGUUUCUUGGUGUGUGAAAGUAACCCAGAGAAUUGAGGAAGUUGCUAAGAGUGUGCUGGGAAUGCUCCAGGAAAAGACCAAGUGCUGAAGAAAGUGAACAUCAUGGAUCAGAACAACAGUCUGCCACCGUAUGCCCAGGGCUUGGCCUCCCCCCAGGGUGCCAUGACGCCUGGGAUCCCCAUUUUUAGUCCCAUGAUGCCUUAUGGCACAGGCCUGACGCCCCAGCCUAUUCAAAACACCAACAGCUUGUCUAUUUUGGAAGAGCAGCAACGGCAGCAGCAACAACAGCAGCAGCAACAGCAGCAGCAGCAGCAGCAGCAGCAGCAGGCGGCUGCAGCAGCGCAGCAGUCAGCACCCCAGCAGCCAGCACAGGGGGCCUCCGGCCAGACCCCGCAGCUCUUCCACUCACAGACUCUUACCACCGCACCCUUGCCGGGCACCACGCCCCUGUAUCCCUCCCCGAUGACCCCCAUGACCCCCAUCACUCCUGCCACACCAGCCUCCGAAAGCUCUGGGAUCGUGCCGCAGCUGCAAAAUAUAGUAUCCACAGUAAAUCUUGGUUGUAAACUUGACCUUAAGACUAUUGCACUUCGUGCCCGAAACGCUGAAUAUAACCCCAAGCGGUUUGCGGCUGUAAUCAUGAGGAUACGGGAGCCGCGGACCACGGCGCUCAUCUUCAGCUCUGGGAAAAUGGUGUGCACAGGAGCCAAGAGUGAAGAACAGUCCAGACUAGCAGCAAGAAAGUAUGCCAGAGUCGUACAGAAGUUGGGUUUCCCUGCAAAGUUCUUGGAUUUCAAGAUCCAGAACAUGGUGGGGAGCUGUGACGUGAAGUUCCCCAUAAGGCUGGAAGGCCUCGUGCUCACCCACCAGCAGUUCAGCAGUUAUGAGCCAGAAUUAUUUCCUGGAUUAAUCUACAGAAUGAUCAAACCCAGAAUUGUGCUCCUUAUCUUUGUUUCUGGGAAGGUUGUGUUAACAGGUGCUAAAGUCAGAGCAGAAAUUUAUGAAGCGUUCGAGAACAUCUACCCCAUUCUGAAGGGAUUCAGGAAGACCACGUAGUGGCUGCCACCGCUCCUGCCUGCCCCACCCACUUGCUUUUCAGUGAAUCAGUUUGGUGCCGUUCGUGGACUCAGGUGCAGCCCGUAGCACUAGGCCACUCGUGCAACCCUCUUUAGGUGCAGGAGGGGCUGCUGCUGCUCUGGGGCUCCCGCAGCACAGCUGUGAGUUGACAGCUGUGCAGCUGUGAGGGUGGCGCUGCCCAUUUAUUUAUAUUUAGGUUUCAAACACUGCUGUUGGCAAGUUGGUUGGCGUAAGGGACAGAACUUAAGUGUUAAAGCCACCUGUACAAUUGGACUUCUUACUUGUUUAAUCCCCUCCACCCCCAUAAACCACAGUUUUUAUAUUUCUACCAGAAAAGUAAAAAUCUUUUUUAAAAGUGUUGUUUUUCUAAUUUGUAACUUUUAGGGGUUAUUUUUUGUGCCAGACACAUUCCGCCUUUCCAGUAUUGCAGGACAGAAUAGAUGUAUUAAUGAAAACAAAUGGCUGUACAUAUUUUUCUUCCUUCAGAGUACUCUGUACAAUAAAUGCAGUUUAUAAGA